UCAGCGCUCUCUCCUUCUCGGCUUCUCACAUUUUCCCUUCCGCCAACCAAACACCCAAACCAACCAAAGUACGGCAGCCAUUACUGGCCUCCGCUCCAGCUCAGACAAACUCUCUGCUCCCUCAUUCAAAGCUUCAUUUUCCCCUCCCUCUGAUUUGCUAGCUAGCUAGCUAGCUGGAGACGAAUUAAAUGUCCCCCCGAUUUCCCGACUCAGCACUCAGCAGUACUUAUUCAAUUCGGCAUCCGAUUCGUCGGCCAUCGAUUACAAAGAUCGUCGUCUUCUUCCUCUAG